AUGGCCCAAGAUGGGGCGGACAACGAGCUGGGCGGCCUCUUCAACAUCUCCAUUUCCGACUCGGAGGAAGGCGAAGACGGCGGCAUCGACACGAGCCACGGCAUCGCGAGCUCCUCCAAGAAGAGCCGGGAGCAACGCACCGGCCAGUCCGAGGCUGCGUUCCGGGCCGUGAAGAGCGGGUACCGGGCCAAGGUCGAGAACGGCGAGGUAUGGAAGUCCGUGGAUGUCCCGCUUGGCACGCGCAGGGUACCGAAGCACGAGGGCCAGGAGCUGCUGCACGCCGUGGAAGAACUGUACUUCUUCCGGAGGUUCGAGGAGGCUGUCUCGCUCGUCGGGAGGAUCUUUAAGGGUGAGGGCGGCGGGAACGGGCUUGAUGGGGACCGCAUCUACGUGAUUCAUACCGUCUACGUCGUGGAACGCUAUGAUACGGUCCUGUUGGUCACGCACGUCGAAUCAGCAUGGUCGACUGUGUAG